UUGGAUUCAAAUUAAAAAUUCCAAACCCCAGUGCCCUGUUUUUCGACCAGAGUUUAAGUGCAUGCGACCGGAGAGAAGUGAGGAUGGGUCACCGCAACAUUUGCUGCGACGGCUGUGAGAGGCGGGACUUCCGAGGUCGCCGCUACCGCUGUUUGCGCUGCGUAAACUUCGACCUGUGCGGCGAUUGCUACGACAGGCGGUUUGAGUCUCCGGAUCAUCACACCGACCAUCCCAUGCAGCUAAUCCCGGACCCGGAUGAUCCGCAGCCGAGUCUGCUGCUCAACGGCGAAGUGCCGGAAGUGGUGCACCUGCCCAAUUGCUUCACCUGUCCGUAUUGCGGAGAAUUCGGCCACACGGCCAAGCGGCUGAUCGAGCACGUGUGUGGACGCCAUCGCCUGGCCGAGGGCUAUGUGGUCUGCCCCCUGUGCGCCGGACUGCCGGCCGCCGAGUUGGUGGCCAUUCGCAAUCUGUCGGGUCAUCUCCUGCUCAACCACAUCGAUCACGCCAACUUCCUGGAGCCGGAAACACCGCCCCUGCGAAGGACAUUCAACCGGAGUCGCAUCCGCCGACGGCGCUUGUUGCAGACGCAACAAUUGCAGCAACCCAACAACGUGAUCCUGCAGCUCGCCGCUGCCCCUUGGGACCCCACCGAUCCCCAGGUGCCCCCCAGCAUUAUGGUCGAUCCGCCAGAGGAUCAGACUCCUUCCAGCCCGAUCAUUGUGGAACCCCAGCCCAAGGAGCAGCCCGAGCAGUAUCUUCUGCUGCAGUGGGUAGCGCAGCAGGAAGUGCGGUGCCAGCAGGAAACGGAAGCGGGCGGAAGUCCACGGCGAAGACACGCCCUCUUCGCCGAGCACCUGAUAGUUUCCAUGCUGUGCAGCGAGGAACUGCAAAUACCCGAGGAGAGGGUCAGGAAUCGGGAUCAGCGGCUCGGCCUGUCCAAGGUCAUGUCGGUGAUGUCCUUGCCGUGGACAAGAGCCUGGCAGGCCACCCAGCUGGGCGGUUCGGAAGGCGAGGGAUCCGGGAUCCAGGCAGCCACCAAGCCAGAGAUCGUUCUUGUCGAUGGGCGGGAACAGCAUGCGAAACCGGAAAAAACUCCGGUUGAGGAGGCCAUUGAUUAGGUGCCACAUGGCCAAUUUUGUCUAUGUUUUCAUUUCCCAGCAUGUUGAUCCCGAUUUGUGGUUGUGUUUUUAUUUCAAUGCCAGAAACAACAAAAUUUUUGUGAUCCCUUUGGCCUGUAUUUAUACUAAACUAAAAUGUUUUAAGGUGAAAACAAGGUUCUGUAACCCAAAGUUUUUAAUUCCUUGCAUUUGUACCCGAAUUUGAAAAAGCUGCUGCUGACAAAGCAGUUGCCUAAAAUGUCUGUGAAAUGCUAGUUGGGUUUUUAGAAAUCAAACAUGGAUUGGUAAAUGAAAAUGUAUGGCUCACAUCGGAAUAACAAUAAGUAAUAUAUAAUACAUAUCUAAAGGAUUGGUACAUUAACCAAUCAUUUAAUAAACCUUUAAUUUUUAUAUAAUAUUUUAUGAAGAACCUUAGUGUUUUUGAACGAUAGGUCCCUCCUUACAUAUAACAACAAAUGUGGCUGCUUGUAAGUUCUUUACAAAUUUUUAUGUAAGAGGACUUGAAAUGCAUGUGAACUCUG